AUGACCCGUAAUAAUAGUAAUCCAAAACGAAACAUCAAUAAUUCACGUAUAUUGUCUGGUUCAUCAAACUAUCAACAAAUUUCAAUAACCAACGGAAGAUCUUCUCAUUCAAGUUUAGUUGAUGAUAAUAAUCGUGAACGACGAGCAAGUAGUAAUAGUAGCAAUUCAACUGUACAAUUGACCGAUGAUGAAGAUGAUGUAUCAGUUGAUUUAAACAAAACAAAUAUAUCCUUUCAUCUAAAUAAUGAACAAAACCCACAAACACCUGUUAAUGAGAAACGGCGUUGGACACCAGAAGAGAAUUCUAUACAAUCAGCGCAAAAUGACUAUGUUAAUGAGGGAAGCAUAUCUCAAGUAACAAGAGUUUCACCAUUCAAGCAAAGUCGAUUUUUUACCGGACAAACUAUAUCAUCAUGCAAACAACAUCAAAAACAAAAACAGAUAGUUGUUAAGAAACAAUUAUCUACGAACUAUAUUCGACAUAAAUCAGAUACAAAUCAAUCACUAAAAACGAUAAUAUCAUUAAGAGCUGCUUUAGGCAAUGAUAUCAUUUACAAAAGACCAAAAAACUACAUUCAAUCAUUAUUAUCUCUCAAAUCAGAUCAGAUGAAUCAUGUUCGAAAACAAAAUACUGAACAACCAUAUUUUCCAAUGAAUGGAUAUACUUCGAACAAUACCAGUGAAACAGAAUCAACAGUUCAAAAAAUAAGUCGUAAAAUAUUAAAACGAUCACGAGCAACCAUAUCACCCGCCAACGGAGAAAAAGAGCCAACUUCACCACGCAAACAUUUAAGACCGAGAUCUAGUGGUGUAGCUAAUAACUCUUUGAAAGUAACAAUAACUCCAUUCUCGCAGCAGUCACAAACAAAAAGUCCUCGGAUAAGUAAUAGCUCCAGUAUUCAACAACUACCGCCCGCUUCAACAGACAAUAGUUCAAAGAAAAUUAAUAGGAAACAACAAAAGUCAACGAAUAGAAAAAAUCUCGAUAAUUUACCAUCAUUUGAUCCGAAUACGAGAACAAUGCCUGAAAGUCAGAGUCCGCAGCAACUCCACUCAUCAUUUGAAAGAACAUUAGCAAUGAACGGAAGCUCUAGAAAACAAGAAAUACAAGCAAAUAGUUCAGGUUUAACUCAAAUGACAACAUCGCCAAAUCGUCAUGUCAAUUCUGCAAAUACAAUUGCAAAUUCAACCAAUACGCUAGUGAUCAUACCGGACAAUGAUAUGGAAUGCGAUUUUAAACCAACUAUAACUACCGCAAAUAAAAAUACAGCAAUACCCUUGGUAACAACAUCUGACAUGCAGAGAGAAAGCACAACCUCUUCACAUAACUCAUCCAUUCUUGACUCGACAUCCUCGAAUUCAUUAACGAAGACGACAGAUCAAUGUGUAGUCACAUCGUUGAAAAAUAUUGACGAAACAACAGUGACACUCAUGAAGCAGACUAAGAACGAUCUAUUAGUGACAUCAAAAAAAACUUUUACGGCUUCGAAUGUCAACGAACAGAAUAAAAUUCAAUCAUCUUUAUCUGCUCUAAAUCAAUCAACACCAACAACUGUUUCUCCUCGUUUAACAUCUUCGAUUCCUCCAGAUCUUCUCCAACAAUUUCUGCAUGCCUUUCGGUCUGCCGCAAAGAAUGAGUUAAACAAACAAUUAAAACCUUCGUUAUCUUCAGAUGUCAAUUCCAAACUAAGACAAGCGUUAUUAAAGAUCAGUAAAAAUUAUAAUACAUUGUCGCCCGUCACUACAACAGCGAAGACACUAUUCGAUCCGAAAUGUGUCAAAACAAGUUCUUCAACGUGUCCAUCAGAUACCGUCACCAUAAAUCCAUCAAACCGACAAAAGGAAGAACACAAGCAACGACCCGCUGGUAUUGAAAGUCAUCGAGUACCUGAGAAUGUUAUUAGUUCGGGAAUCAUAGGUCUAGUACCGGAAAAUACACCACCAUUUAGACCGGUAACUACAGUGUCAAAUAUUUCAUCGCAAACAAACAUUUGUAUUUCUACAUCGUCUAAACAAUCUAUCUCACAAAUUUGUCUCUCUCCGUGUCAAAUGCAAUCUCCAAGUAUAUCAUCAACAAUAACUCAAGUAUCAGACACAUCCGUUUCUCAAGGAAGUCCUUCUAUUGCAAAAAAACAAGAGAAUAAACCAAGCAGCAAUCAACGAAAAUCAUUGACCUCUUCUCAUGUGCAAUCAAUUAUUCAUAAAUCUUUGAAGAAACAACCAACAGCAUUGACUAUUGAUUUCGAUCCGAGGCGUCUUGCUGAAGAUUUAUUCAUUCAAGCUAAGCAUUUAUCACAAACACGUCGAAAAAUGAAACAAGAUAGUGAUAUAUUAUCAUUACCUGUAAACUCAAUAAUUUUGAAACAUAAUAAUCAAAUUCAACAUUCAACAUCAAUAUCAUUGCCGAAAGUUACAACAAUAACAUCGAAAACGCAUUUGCAACACCAACAACAAAAUAGUAGUAGUAAACGUUUACUGCAGUUUGGACAAUGUGAAAUUGAAACAUUUUAUAAAUCUGCCUAUCUACCGAUAGAACGAUGCGAUACUAAGCCAAACAGUACAGAUUUUAAUCAACAACCGUGUUUAUCAUCAAAGUUGAAUCCAAUAAAGAAGAUAUAUGUAUGUGAGUAUUGUCUAAAAUACUUUCAUAAUGAAGAAUAUAGUUGGCAACGACAUUUAACAAAAUGUUCAUGGACACAUCCGUAUGGCUUAAAACUAUACGAAACAGAUAAACUCACAUUGUAUGAAGUCAAUGGCAACAGUGAACAUCGUGGUUUCUGUCAAAAUUUAUGUUUAUUAGCUCGAUUAUUUAUCGAUAGCAAAAAUGUUGAUAAAUAUGUUGAUAGAUUUCUAUUUUACAUAUUAUAUGAAAAAGAAAUAUUACCAUCUAGAAAUUCAUCACCGUCAGUAAUACCGAAUUUAAAUAACAACCAACAACAGCUUUGUAAUUAUCAAAUGAUCGGUUAUUUUUCCAAGUUAAAAUUUUCAAAUAAACGUGAACAUCCAAAUUUAUCGUGUUUAUUAGUAUUGCCACAACAUGCUAAGCAAGGAUAUAGCAAAAUACUGAUUGAAUUCAGUUAUUUACUAUGUCAAUUGGAAAAUAAAACAAGUUUGUUAUGCUAUCGUUCCUAUUGGCGUGAAAAAAUAUUACAAUUUAUAAUUGAAAUUGAUUAUAUUGAGAGAGAAAUAUCAUCAAAUGAAGUAGCCAAAGAUGAUUUAAAUUCAAUUUCAAUGAAAGAUAUUCGAUAUUGGACGGGAUUUUUAACAAAAGAUAUUUUGAGUACAUUGCAAUAUUUUGGUUUAAUUCGUGUACAGGAUAAAACAUUUUGUGUUAUUAAAAAGCAUCCAUUGUAUGUUGAACAAAAACGCAAACAACAGCAACAUCUCAUACGUCUUGGUGUGAUCAUAAAACAUGUUACUGCUUUAAAAAAUGAAUAUGAAAAGAAGAAGAGUUCUGUGAAUAAAUAUGAAUUAAAACAAUUACAACAAACAUUAACAACAACGAUUUAUAACUUAUUUCAUAAUUAUGAUUGGAGUUUUCUGAUUGAUUACACGUGUUUACAUAAUAUUGAUCAAAAAAAUUUGCAAACAUACAAGGAAAAAUUGUUGAAAAAAUAUGUUAUUGAUUGGAAUCAUUUUGAAGAGCACGAAAAUGAAACAAACAUAAAGCGUGAAAAUAGUGUUGGUGGUGACAAUCAAAUGGAGAAAGGAGAUGAAAUUGUUAUUCUAUGA